AUGCACGAAGGCUCACGACGGAUGAAAACGGAGCUUCUUAUUCAGAUGGAUGGACUCUCAAAGAGACGCGGUGGCGAGGUUGUUUUUGUGUUGGCGGCAAGCAAUGUGCCGUGGGACCUUGACACUGCGAUGCUUCGUCGUUUGGAAAAACGCAUUCUUGUGGGUUUGCCAUCGUAUGAGGCACGCGCAGCGCUGUUUCGAACAAUUCUAACCCCGAAUGUGGCAGUUCCUGAUAUGGACUGGAACCUUUGUGCCAAUCUCACGGAGGGCAUGUCCGGCGCUGACAUUGAUGUGGUGUGCCGUGAAGCCAUGAUGCGACCGAUACGUUUGUUGAUUGAGAAACUUGAGAAUGCUGGUGACCCGAUGCAGUUGACAGGUGGUACACUGCAGCGACCACGGGUGACCAUCCAAGACGUGAUGGCAAGUGUGGCGUGUACACAGAGUAGCGUGCGGCAGUCUGACUUGAGCAAGUUUGACGAAUGGGCACGCAAGUACGGAUCUGGUGUUUCCUCAUGA